GCUGGUAGUGGAUGUCAACAGAUCACGGGUCUCAACAGGGCAGCUGGAGCAGUCGUGUCAGGGAGGGAGAGAUACCUGUAUCGCCAACAAUAUACCUGAGCCCUCCUGAAGAGGACGAAGAUGACUGAACGGGAGGAGGACGUUAUUUCUCUAGACGACGAGGAGGAAACAAAUAUUCCAGAUGUAGCCACGUGUCAGGCACUUGUAGAGCAGUUUGCGAGUAUAACCAACACAGAUGAAGCAUGUGCUCAGUUUUAUCUUCAGGACCGUGACUGGAAUCUUGAGCGGUCGGUGAAUGCAUUUUUUGAGGCUCGAACAGGUGGCAUAAAGGUCCUGAAUGACGGAGAUGAGCCUGAGGUUGUCGUCACGUUUGACUCAAAUUUGGUAUCUGUUCUUGCUGGGGGAACACUUUCCGAGGAAGCUCCAAAGAAUUUCCGCUUUAUUACCUGGAAUGUUGAUGGCCUGGAUGAUAAACACUUGAAAAAAAGAACCAAAACUAUAGCCAGGAUUAUUGAGAAGGAAAGUGCAGAUAUAGUUUUCAUACAAGAACUAGUGCCGAAGACGUACAGCUACUUGGAAGACCUUCUCCCGCAGUUUGUCUUUGUUGUGGGAGAUACAAAAGAAUACUUUACAGCCAUACUUCUCCGUCGCACUACAGUUUACUUUGAUGGCCACAACCUAAUUCCCUUCACAAAUACUUGUAUGGGUAGAAAUUUGCUGUGUGUCGAGGCGCACAUAGGUGACGUAAAAUUAAACUUGAUGAACUCCCACCUAGAAAGCACAGCAGACUAUAGCAAGGAACGUACAGAGCAGCUCAAAAUUGGAUUUGACAAAAUGAAGUCUUGUUCUCCAAAUUCAAAUGUAAUCUUUGGAGGCGAUUUGAAUUUACGUGACAAAGAGGUCAUUAGUGCUGGCCUCCCAUCAAAUUGUUUUGACUUGUGGGAGGCGUGCGGAAGAAGACCUGAAUGUAAAUGGACGUGGGAUACCGAGCGAAAUACCAACAAGCAGUUUCCAGGUCGCUAUAAGCCUAAAACGAGAUUUGAUAGAGUGUACCUUCGACCAUCUGAUCCCCCAAUUAUAACUCCUCGACACUUUGGUCUUCUGGGUUUGGAAAAAACUUCAGGAACGCAGAGCUUUCCAUCAGACCAUUGGGGUGUCUUGAUUCACUUUGAGGUUACGGGUAAAGCUGAUAAAAAGUCCAAAGCUUGCUCAUCUGACACACCAUCCACAAGCCAAGGUUCCCAUCGACUUAAACAAUGAGAAGCUGGCUAAACAGGUUAAAGGCUUUCUUAAAGUUUUAUACAAAUUUUGUUUCAAUGAAAUGGAAUAAGAAUUGAAGUAUAUUACUUCAGGAAUUUCUUUGGCAAAAAAAGUGGAGAAAUAGCUUUUAAGAUUUGAAGGUACAGUUCCUCUACUAGGAUAUAAAAGUGGUGAAUCUAAAUAUAUAAUCUUAAAUUUAAAAAAAACUAGACGAGAUUUUCAUAAUCUGUCUUGAAAAUAGUAAAAACAUGAACACAGUAUAAGCUUCGAGGUAGAUAUAUCAAUGGUGGUUUUCUUAUGCAAGUGAUCCAAGAAGUUAAACGAUGUGGAAUGAUAAGUUAGCAGAAUGAAAAUGUAUAGUUUAUACUAUAAGUUUACAGAUACCCAAGAUGUUAGGUCUUUGUAAACAAGUUUGGAUGGUAAAGAAAUGAACAAUAUAUUACUGUAUGUGAAUAAAUUAAGUGGAAUUAGACCUAAGGAAGCUGCCCCUUGCCUAGGAGAAAGGGUGUUCAAAGUGGAUUAAUAUUGGUGUGUUGUGCAAAAGGAUGUUCUGCUGUGCCUGUAGGAUGAUGAUGCUGCUGUAGACAGUUUGGUCAUGUUAGUUGCUUGCCCCGGGUACAGUACUGGAAGAUGACAUCCUUAACUCUUCAUUUUAGUCGGUGCCAGUUUUUGUCGUGCGUGAACAAUGUUUUUGGAAAAAUAUUAACUCGUCGACAUACUUUAUUCCAAAGAGGUUUUUGUGACGAUGUGUGUACAAUGUUUUAAUAAAAUUUUCAAUAGAGUAUUUGGUGCAAGUGGUUACCUUGAUGGUGACACUGAGGAUCAAUAUGACUUGUGGGAUAGAUAUAAUAAAGAUGGCCAGGCAGGAGAAAAUUGGGUUGCCUCUAGUUUGUUAAAAACUCGACACACAUUAAAAAUCGGAAGAUUUCUAGUAUAAUACAAAUUGCAAUACUGCUUUGGAUUUCAGAAUAUUUUUGUUUUUGAUGUUCUCAUUUUGUCUGUAAAACUGAACGUUUGAUUUAUAGGAAAAAUAUUUGUAUGCAGUACAUUCUUUUGUUGGCCAGUUUUAUCCCGGUUAACAUGUUUUGUUUUAACUAGCGUGCCUUCAUUAUCUCCUUCAAAUAGUUUUGUUUUUAUCAACCCUGAUAACAUAUGAAUAAAUGAUCUUCAGCCAUGGUAAUUACCUAAGCGUAGUUACAGGAUGAGAGCUACGCUCGUGGUGUCCCGUCUUCCGAGCACUCUUUAUCAUAUAACGCUUUGAAACUACCGAGGGGGAUAAAUGGUAUAUAUAUAUGGUGGAACAAUAUGCACAAAACUUUAUUAACACCAUCACAGCUAUUGUUUGCAUAUCUAGGCUGAAUGAUAAGUCUGAAUAUUUUUAUUUUAUUUUUAUAAAAUGGUAAUUUUCACAUUUUACUAUAUUACAUGGUUUUAAAAAUUACUGUACUUUAUUUAAAAAAAAAUAUUACGUUUUUCCUUAGUCAUAUGUCAAGAAAGAUUUUUGCCCUAAAGCUAUUGUAAUGUUGAUUCCAGAAGUGGCCGCUGAGCGUAAUACAGUGUUGCUACGUGAUUACUAUUUAUGAAUGUAAUAAACAUUGAAAUUGAUUUGUUAGUUUUAUAUUUACAGUACAUCAAGGUAGUCUAAAGGAGGUAGAUUGCCUUUAUUAAAAAAUCAAGGAAAGCCUUAUUCUAUGUAAAAUGUUAAUUGUUUAUGUGAUAGAUAAAAUAUACAUUUUUAAUUUUUA